CGAAGCGGUUGGAUGUCUUAUACCGAAUCCUUGUAUAUGGCGAGCAAAGUAGCGUUGUGUACAUUCAACCAUUUCACAGUUCACAGUUCGUCGAUUGUUAUUCACCAACUGAUAGCAGUGAUUUGACCCGUCUCUGGAUAGUCACAAGUCACGGUGAUUUACAAUAGAUUGAUCUAUAUGGGAGCGUGAUUCCCUUCCUGGUGUGUGCAGCAGGGUGUCACAAUGGCGGUGUGGGCCAGUGUUGCGUUUGUGAUUGCCAGUCUGAGUCUCGCAGCAGGUGUGAGAGAAAAUGUCGCCCUGAACAAAAUAGCAUGGAUGAGUACAACACGCCAACCUUCACAGUCUGCUGGUAGAGCUGUAGAUGGAGUGACUACUGCAAACGGCGAGGAUUACUCAAUCCACACCAAGGGUGAUGAAUCUACAGCCUGGUGGAAGUUGGAUCUACAGACACAAGUACAGUCAGCACAGGUUACAAUCUACUUCAGGACAGACUUCAAGGCACGACGCAAUGGCCUUCAACUCUACGCUUCUGUGACAAAUUCAUCUGAGCCCAAAGAAGGAAGUCUAUGUCACACAGUUACUGGAAGUCCUGACGGUACAGACAUCCCGGACGUACUGGAAGUGACAUGUCCUGGUACAUGGCGCUACCUGACUGUCUACACUGAGACAAGUAAUGAUGGACAGGGUGCUGUGCUAGACUUUGCUGAGGUAGAAGUGUGGACAUGCACUUCUGGGUAUUACGGAAGCAACUGUGAACAACGCUGUGAUGCACGUCAGUGCAAGAUGACCUCCAGUUGUGACGUACAAGGACAGUGUGUCGGUGGGUGUGCGGCUGGAUAUCAAGGAACAGACUGUAUUCAAGCAUGUACAUCGGGGAUGUACGGCCCUAACUGUGCCCGAGAAUGCAGUUCCCGACACUGUAAGACACGCCCCUCUUCAUGUGACAGAGUGAUAGGACGGUGUCCUGAUGGGUGUGAAGAUGGAUGGACAGAGAUAGACUGCACAAGAAACUGUGCUGAUGGCUUUUAUGGAAAUAACUGCUCUCUGAAAUGUGCGGAUAGACAUUGUACUAGUACAUCCUGUCUUGUUGAUGGAGCAUGCAGUGCUGAAUGUGAUGUGGGAUGGACACGGCAGGACUGCACACAAGAGUGUCCAAGUGGAUUGUAUGACAUCAACUGUAAAUCAACCUGCGGCCACUGUGCUGAUAACAACACAUGUCAUCACGUCAAUGGAACCUGUCCAGGUGGAUGUCAGGCAGGGUGGGAACUUCCCCUGUGCCAGACAGGUUGUGACAAUGGGAAAUUCGGCGUGAACUGUGAGAGACACUGCGACCGCUGUAACGGGACAUGUGAUGCUGUUGAUGGAAGAUGUCUCUGGGGAUGUGCUGAGGGAUACACUGGUUCCAAAUGCGCAGUGAAGCGUGGUAAGAUAUACUGUGUAGUUCAUCAUAAUAAAUAAAUGGUCUGAACUUCAGAGAUGAGCAGCAGGUCACAGGGCAUCACGAAUAUAAUAC